AUGAGUGUAGAUCGGCGAAGCAUUCCCGCUGCAACCAAAACCAAUCGCACACCCACAACAACCACCAUCUCAUCCAAUCGUGCACAACAACCGUCUCCUUCGACUCCUCAAUUCAGCAGAGCUACUCGAGUUGGUUUACAAACAAACACUACGUAUUACUACCAACAAUCUCAAACUCCAAAGCAAAGCAAUACUCGCUAUCGAUCGACCCGACCACCGUAUCCUGCACGAACGGUAUAUACCACGGGCGUAUCGUACACGAUGACCCCAAUACCAGCUCAGUACUAUCCAAGCGUAACGGGUGUACCACCUAGAGCUGCGGCCGUUCCAAGUCAUCCAAUAAUGCCACUAAAACGGAGGCAGCAGUCAAACGCUACCCCAAACAGAUCGAUGAAACAAGCUCACACAUCGUUUGCAAAACAACAACUUUCAUCGUGGUCCGGUUGGUCGCCGUGUUCAGUAACGUGUGGUACAGGAACGCAAGUUCGUUUCAAGACGCUGAGCAAUCAAAAGCAUAUUUGGCAGUCACAAGCAUGCAGUUUCAAGGAGUGUGCUCCAUAUUGGACUGGAUGGAGUGAAUGGAGUCAAUGUACGGCAAGUUGCGGAUAUUCGAGAAGGUAUCGGCAGAGAAUGUGCAUUGGAACAGUAUGCAAAGGUGCAUCACUGCGUUUCGAGAUCUGUUCAGUACCUCUGUGUCGUCGCGUACAAAAAGUUGCAAUAGCGAACCCUUCGAAUGCUAUCCGUCGUGGUACCUCGUCAGCGUUACGUGCUAAGAACCGUAGUAAAUGUGAGUUGCACUGUAACGUGAAAAUUUUUACGUCUUUCGUUGAACCGAAGAAUAUGGUGAGGAUGCAAUUGAGAAAUUGGGUCGAUGUUCUGCAACAGUUGUAA